GGCUUUCUUCCUGGGCGCGGGCCGCGGGGCGGUGGAGCCGCUCGGCUGAGGGAGGGGCGCCCGCGCCCCGCCGCCGCCACCGCAGACAAAGCGCCCGAGGUGGGAGCCCCGCGGGCGGCCUCUGCCUCCGCGCCGCCUGCCGGGUGCGGCCUCUUUCCGCACUGCCCGGCCGCUCUCGUCUCCCCACCCUCCCCGAGCACCCUUGUUCAUUUCUGGGUGAAAGGGACACGCAUCAUGCAACAGAAGUGAGGAAGUUUACUGGAGUAAAAUGGAGGCCUCAGUAAUAUUACCUAUUCUGAAGAAAAAGCUUGCCUUCCUUUCAGGAGGAAAGGACCGACGAAGUGGCCUCAUUCUGACAAUUCCAUUAUGCUUGGAACAGACAAAUAUGGAUGAGCUGAGUGUUACCUUAGACUACCUACUCAGCAUUCCAAGUGAAAAGUGUAAGGCUAGAGGAUUUACCGUGAUUGUGGAUGGCAGAAAAUCACAGUGGAAUGUGGUGAAAACAGUAGUCUUAAUGCUACAGAAUGUUGUUCCAGCUGAGGUGUCCCUUGUUUGUGUAGUGAAGCCCGAUGAAUUCUGGGAUAAGAAAGUAACACAUUUUUGUUUUUGGAAAGAAAAGGAUAGACUUGGCUUUGAGGUUAUUUUAGUGUCUGCCAAUAAAUUGACUCGUUAUAUAGAACCGUGCCAGUUAACAGAAGAUUUUGGUGGGAGUCUCACCUAUGAUCACAUGGACUGGUUAAAUAAGAGGCUGGUUUUUGAGAAGUUUACAAAGGAAUCUACAUCAUUACUAGAUGAACUUGCUUUGAUUAACAAUGGAAGUGAUAAAGGAAGUCAGCAAGAGAAAGAGAGGUCUGUGGAUUUAAACUUUCUUCCAUCAGUUGAUCCUGAAACAGUUCUUCAGACAGGGCAUGAAUUGUUGUCCGAAUUACAGCAGCGUCGAUUUAAUGGCUCAGAUGGAGGGGUCUCAUGGUCUCCUAUGGAUGAUGAACUGCUGGCCCAGCCACAGGUUAUGAAGUUAUUAGAUUCACUGAGAGAGCAGUAUACUCGCUACCAGGAAGUUUGUAGGCAACGUAGUAAGCGUACACAGUUAGAGGAGAUUCAGCAGAAGGUAAUGCAGGUUGUGAACUGGCUUGAAGGGCCUGGAUCAGAACAACUACGAGCCCAGUGGGGGAUUGGAGACUCCAUCCGGGCCUCCCAGGCACUGCAGCAAAAGCACGAGGAGAUCGAGAGUCAGCACAGUGAAUGGUUUGCGGUGUAUGUGGAACUUAAUCAGCAAAUUGCAGCACUCUUAAAUGCUGGGGAUGAGGAAGAUCUUGUGGAACUGAAGUCACUGCAGCAACAACUUAGUGAUGUUUGCUACCGACAGGCCAGUCAGCUGGAAUUUAGGCAGAAUCUCUUACAAGCAGCUCUUGAAUUUCAUGGUGUUGCCCAAGAUUUGUCUCAGCAGUUGGAUGGCUUAUUAGGGAUGUUGUGCGUAGAUGUAGCACCAGCUGAUGGAGCAUCGAUUCAGCAGACUUUAAAACUGCUUGAAGAGAAGCUGAAAAGUGUUGAUGUAGGAUUACAAGGUUUGCGUGAAAAAGGUCAAGGACUUCUGGAUCAGAUCUCCAAUCAGGCAUCCUGGGCCUAUGGAAAGGAUGUCACCAUUGAAAAUAAAGAAAAUGUGGACCACAUACAAGGAGUGAUGGAAGAUAUGCAGCUUAGGAAACAAAGAUGUGAAGACAUGGUAGAUGUGCGAAGGUUAAAGAUGCUUCAGAUGGUGCAGUUGUUUAAAUGUGAAGAAGAUGCUGCCCAGGCAGUAGAAUGGCUAAGUGAACUUCUGGAUGCCCUGCUUAAGACCCACAUCAGAUUGGGUGAUGAUGCUCAGGAAACAAAAGUUUUACUGGAAAAGCAUAGAAAAUUUGUUGAUGUUGCACAGAGCACUUACGACUAUGGAAGACAGUUGCUACAGGCUACAGUUGUGUUGUGCCAAUCUCUGCGCUGCACGUCUCGAUCAUCUGGGGACACGCUUCCUCGACUGAACAGAGUAUGGAAACAGUUUACGAUAGCGUCUGAAGAGAGAGUACAUAGGCUGGAGAUGGCUAUUGCCUUUCACUCAAAUGCCGAAAAGAUUUUGCAAGACUGUCCAGAAGAGCCCGAAGCUAUUAAUGAUGAGGAGCAGUUUGAUGAAAUUGAAGCGGUUGGGAAAUCCCUUUUGGAUAGAUUAACUGUUCCUGUAGUUUAUCCUGAUGGAACUGAACAAUAUUUUGGGAGUCCAAGUGACAUGGCUUCCACCGCAGAACACAUCAGAGACAGGAUGAAACUGGUUAGUCUCAAAAGGCAGCAGCUGAGACAUCCUGAAAUGAUGACCACAGAGAGCUAAUAGCUACCAGCUUCCCACAAAUCUGCAGUUCAUAAUCCCGCAUGUCGUUGGCAUACUACAGCAUUAGCUGCAAUACAUUAAGAUACAUUUCACAGUCAGAAUAAGCCUCAUUUCUCUCCAUUUUACAUUUCUCUCUACAUGUUAACACUUUGCAACUACCAAGGCAUAAUUAUUUAACAUGCUUUGAGACCAUAGACUCCAAGUAUCUUAAUAGAAGGAACUGUAAACAUUGCACUGAAAACUUGCUUUAAAGCUUUACCUGACCUGUCAAUUUGUAGAUGAACAACUGAUAAUAAGCUUUGAAUGGUGCUAAUAAGAGUUUAGGAAUUCUCUCUAUAAAAAUGGUUGACCUUUCUCCCCAGGUGAUGUAGUAAAUUUAGAUAAUAGUUAAAUUGUUACUAGUAGACAGUGGUGUACUCAGAAAUUUUACUUUGUAAUUCUUCAAAAGUGAUUAUUUUUAUUGUGUCAGUAUGAAGAAAAUCUUCAGAUCUUUGAUAUAUCAUAUUCAUUAAAAGACAGUUUCCUAUUUGUAUUGAUAAUGUAUUAAAAGUUGUUUGUGCUUAAUAAAAAGCUUCUUUUAAACAUCUUAUUUAAUUUGGUGAUUAUAUCCUGUUUCCAGACAUGAGUGCCUUAUUUAAAAGGGCAUUCUUAGGAUUGUGAGGCUGGCAUAGUAUUUGUUUUUUCCAUGUUUGUUGCAUGUAUUUUAGCCAGGAAAUCCAUAUGUAAGCAUGUGUAUAUAAUAAGCAUGUUUAAUUUUGAGAAAUAAUAAGUUUAGAUCUUAAAGAACUUAAGAAUAAUGGAAUACUAUUUCUGAUUGUUCUCUUCUUCAAUUUGAAAAAUGUUAUCCAAAUUAUUACCUACCUUGAAGAUACUUUAUCUAUGGGGAGGAGGUAUGGGGAGAAGGCAUACAUAAUUACUUAAGUGUAAUCCUUUAUAUCAGAGGAAUCUUACUGGAGCUAAAAUAGCAUUUGUCAAUAAAAUUUAAUUUCUCAUACUAGAAGCAAAAUUCUGAAGUAGUCUAGUAACAAAAAUUGUACAACUCUUUUAGAAAUAAAAUUUAUAAAAUGUUAGUGCUUUUAAGUUUAUAUUAAGUUUAAAUGGUAAAAUACGUAUUUAAUUUUUGUGUUAAUUUUUAUUUCAGAAAAUGUUUUUGAAAAAGAUUAAAAAUACUUUUUUAGUCUGUGAUCAAUACAAAAUUAUGCAAAGAAUUGUAUGCUGGUUUCUUUUCAUGUCUUCAGUGAUGUUCAUGUAUCUUGCAAUGCAAAAAAAUCCCUCUGCACCUACCGAUUCUCCAGCCUUCUUCACUGCCAGACUUCUCGGAGAAAUCCAUAUCCAUUCUCCCUGCAUCCUCACCAUUCACUGCUCAGCACCUUGCAGUCUGGUGUAACAUAGCACUUCAGUGAAACUCUUCUCAGUGUGCUCUCAGUUACUGAAUUGAAUAAUUUUUUUGCCCUCUGUCUGCGUUCCUUGUCCUCUGUCUCUGCAACAUUUACACCAUUUAGCAGCCUUUCCUAGACAGUGUCUCCACCCUCGAAGAUGUUAUCCUCUGCCAUAACCGUGAGUACAGUCACACAGCUUUUAACUUAAAGUGUAUCUACUCAAAUGUGCUCUCAGAUUCUGUCUUCGGAAUGCUUCUGGAGGUAUCUCAUCCUUAGGGUUUCUGUUUUAUCCUAGCAUUCUCUGUUACGUAUCUGGUCCAAAAUUCUAGACCCAUACUUUCAACUACCCACUUGACAUUUCCUAGAUGAAGUAUCAUAUUUUUCACCUUUCUUCUCUGUGAGCAGUUUUGGUUAAAGGUGCAGCCUUUUUUUAUAGUCAAACAUGCCAGAAAAUCUGGGAGAAACUUCUGCCCCCUUUUUUCUUAUGCUGCCACUGCUUCUGAAAACAUCCAGGAAAUUCUUUCUAUAUUUGAUAAUCCUCUCAAGUCUUUUAGGACUUAACUUCUGAGUAUGGACUUUUGUGAUUCUUCAUUUCAGUCUUCAUAAUGGUGCUCACCACAUGCUACAAUUGUUUAUUGAUGUCUGUGCCUGCUACAUUAUAAUCUCUUUUGAGGGAAGGAAUCUUGUGGGACUCUCCUGUUCCCAGCCUUUUCCUCAUAUGUAAUAGUUGCUUUACUUCUUCUGUAUGUGAAUGGUCUGUUGUAGGCAUUAGUAAUAGUCCCCCUUAUAUGAUAGUCUAAAGUGUGUUUUAAAUAUAUUUCUUAAAGUUAUGACUGACUUAUGAAUGAAUCUACUCAUAAGGAAGUGAUUUGGUGUUUCAGAUACUUAUAUAUUAGGUAAUUUAGAUACUUAGUUACACUCAAUAUCUAUUCUACUGAACUUCAUAGUGAUUAGAGUGCUUUUAUUAAGACUUUGCUAGAAAAGAACUACACUGUAAGUAAAGGGGCUCUUAGUUUUAUCAUCAACUCGACUGCUAAUUGUCCAGUGAGUUAGUUGUUAAUAUGCCUUAAGCUAUUUGCCUACAGCAAGAGUAAGGCAGCAUCUAGAAAUGUUAUUUGUAACUUGACUAUUUGAGAUGAAAUGGAAUAUGCUUUUGACAUGAUAUUGUUCUUCAUUUGUAAAUUUGCUGCUACUUUCUAUAUGUAUAUCUGUACAUACACGUACAGUUAUGAUUGAAAACCCAACAAUGCCCUAACGUGAUUUUGUUUCGUAGCAUCAUAGUGUACUUAGAGUACACAUGAAGGAAGUGACUGCAGUCUGUUUGAAAUCAUGAGUUCUUUGUACAUCAUAAAUUGACUUUGGUCCACAACUGGAGGAAGAACCAUCAUUUCUACAUGCCAUCUAUUGGUAUAUGCCACAACUUUCCACAUCACUUUAGCUCAUCUCAGGGAAUUCUUGGAGUGUUCAUUGGGCUAGUUUUGUUUUGUUUUUUGUUUUGGUUUGGGGGAUUUUUUUCCUCUUGCCUUCUUAUUGUGUAUUUGCUCCUCUCUUAGCUCAAUAUAUAAGUUUUGACAGCUGUUCUUCACACGUCUGACCCAGCAGAUGCAAAGAUGGUACCUUGAUUUCAGAAAAAAAUUGACUUCAUUCCCAGUUCCCAUUGUUGGCAACACAUUGCUGAUGGUGAUGAGAUGCUCACCCUGCCAGCCAGGAUGAUGAUGGCAGGUCUAGGCUUCAUCACUGGGUACAGGAUUGGAUACUACUCUCACUUUAUAGGCAUUUAAAUUAGCCAGGUUGCUGAGUGUUACCUAGUGUUGCGUGUUGUUUCAUUACCCCAUCAGUUGAAAUAUGGAGUGUGCUGUUUAGUUUAUUAUUGUUGCUGGCAGAAUCUAAGGUGAACAUGACAAUUACUUUUCUGAUAGUGCUGCACAAACCAUACUCUCUGAUCUAAACCAAUUGUAACCAGUGAUGUGAUUGUGACAGUAUAUGAACGUAUUUCAUGAUAUAGUCAGAGGAAGAACUCAGAAUCCUCUAGACUACAUUGUACGUUCCCUGCCAGAGAGGUUGGAGAUUGCUGUGUACUUUUCCCAUAGUAAAACCCUGUGGUUACUAGGAACUGCACAUGCUCUGGUUGCUAAGUUCUCCACAUCCUAAACUAUUGAAAAUGAUAUGGGGAACUAUCAUCAGUAAAUAUCAGUGACAAGAGUUAACGUGAUUGAGAUAACUUUGGUUAAAUCCCCAAAAGAGAAAUCCUCUAGAAUUAAGAAGAUGGGCUGAAACAUACCUGCCGAGUUAACCUAAUUAGAAAACUUUCCAAGGUUAACUCUCAGUUCUGAAAUAGAAAGCUUCAAUUGAAGAAAAUGGAAAAUACACUCCUGGUAUGGAGGGCAGCAGAUACCUUGAUGAGGCAAAAUUAAGUACUGAUUUAACAUCUGAUAUUAUGUGGCUUCAUUGUGUGCUAUAGAAAUGUCUGCGUUUAGCCAAGAAGCAUAAAUAGUGGCAAGAAUAGUAAAGAUCAUAAAAAAGCUAAAGUAAGAGCUGUACUGAAUAUAAUGGAAAGAGUGGAGUUUGAAUAUCUGAUUUCAGAAUCUGGCUUUGCCAUUUACUGACCUUUGUAAAAAUUACUCAACUUUUCUGCGUCUAUAAAUACAAUCAUACUAAAAAAAUGUUGAAAAUUAUGAUGUUAUCCAAAGUGGAAGGAAUUAUUACUAUAAUUAUAUUUUCAGAAUGGAAAAUAGAGCAUUCUUUAAUCUUGCUCUUAGAUGACGAGCAUGGGGUUGUGGGAGACAUGGCACAUUGUUUAUGCUCACCUCCCUGAGCUCCAUUUCCCCUACAUUCAGAAUUACAUACUGGAAAUACUAAGGGUGGAAUUGGUGAGCUCAUCAGUAAAUAACAGGACUCCUAAAUCUGACAGAUUAACUCUUUUAUGGCAGGAUGGUAGACCAGCGAGAUGGAAGACAAGUGAGGAGUAUCAUCUACUUUGAGGUUGACAGGACAUGACAGAGUGCCAUUAAUAAAUAAGUAAAAGUAAGUAAAAGUCAUACUCAGAGUGGAUCUCAGAGAGUUAGCAUCUGCCUGUAGAAACAACAAAAGCAGAAAUCUGUUAAAGUAUCCUCAAAAAGAGGUAAAAAGCAUGACUUGAGACCACCAUUAGUUCAGCUGUAGCUAGAGAAGAGCAGUCUUGAUAAACUUGGGCAGUGAUAAUAACAAAGACUGGUCCUGUAAUAGAGACUGCUAGAACUAAGGAUGCUCUGUGAAAUAGCAUAAAUAUAGAGCAGUAUGUUUUAAGACUGAAAAACGUUGACAGAGAUGAUGCUAAAUUACCCGAUUGCAAUAUUUUAGAGCAAACUUGAAAACUUGGCAACACUAGUCCGUGUGCUUCAAGAAAAAGUAGAGCCUGUACUAGAACAUGAAGUACUUAGAGAUCAAAGGAAAGUCAGAACUGUGACUAAAUGUUUUGAAAGCAGUGAGUUAAUUUUUAAAAGAAUCAAGAUUAUUUUUGUUAACUCUUAUGAGGGUGUUUGUGUGUGUGUGUGUGUGUGUGUGUGUGUGUGUGUCUAUACAAUUAUAUAGAAAUUCUUAGCAAAUAACUAAAAGUAGUUACCAGCCACUAGAUUAUAAGUGCAGUGUUGUUACAGAUUUUAAGUUAGCAUGUGGAAAACUACUUCUGACAAAAGGCUAUUGGAGUCUGAGGCCAGUCUUAGUGAAUCUGAAGGAGUCACCUUAGAAGUAUUUACAAGUUACAUACCAUCACUUUAGGGCACCCCCCAAAUAAGUCCUUCUUUGGAGAGACAGGAUAAUCAGAUGUCCUUCCACUCAGAACAUAGGGGCCUGUGUGGUAUGAUCAAACCUCACAUAGUGUUUUGGGUCAGCACAUCUUUUCUAUUAUAGUUUGCCCUAGUUCUUUUUUAGUUUAGAAGUCAGGUAAAAGUUUCUGUGCUUGAUAUUUCUCAAGAAUGUUUCUUCUAUCUUAGCUCUUAUGUUAGUCUACAUCGCCAACAAAUUUGCUCAGAAUAUAUGGUCGAUAAUAUGUAUUCUAUUUUUAAAAGGUGUGAGGGGAUCAAAAUGUCACUGACAGUUUUGAGCCAGUGUAGAUCUGAGCUGAUUCCUCACCUCACACUCAGGAAUAUCUUUUCACAGGCUCUUAAGUUUCUAAAUUGACACUGGUCGGAAGAAUCUGAUGAUUAUCUUGCUAUGAGAUCAAUAAUGAAAUUUUCAGUGGCAUUGUUUGGUAAGUGUUGCACCCUCAAAUUCUCCAACAUUUUAUAAAACUUUUCAAACAUAGAAAAAAGCUAAAAUUUUACAAUGUAUUCAUCACCCAGGUGAUAGUUAGCAUUAGCUAUGCUUGUGUUAUACCUAUCCACCCAUCAGUUCAUCAAUCCAAAUUAUUUUUUAUGCAUUUUAAGUUGCAGACAGAUUUACAUUUCCUACUAAUAACUUCAGCAUACAUAUCAACUGGAGCUCAAUAAUAUGCUUACCACAUUUUUUAUGUAGAAUUAGCAUACAGUGAAAUGCAUAAAUCUUAAGUGUGCAUCACUGAGUUGUGGAAAAUGUAUACAGUGCUAUCAAAAUGUAAAGCGUUCUCAGAAAAUUCCCAUUUUGCCUUUUCCAGUCAAUCCUUGACCCCACACCCUCCCAAAGGCAACUACUGUUCUUUUGUCUACCACAAAUCAAAAUUUGUGUGUUCUAGAUCUUUAUGUAAAUACAGCCACACAGCAUGUAAUCUUUCUAGAAGCCUCUUCACUUACUAUGUUUUGGAGGUUUAUCCAUGUUAGGUGUAUUAGUAGUUCAUUCCUUUUUAUUGCUGAGUAUUCUUCCAUUGUAUGACUAUAUUGCAGUAUAUCCAUUUUCCUAUUUAGGAAUACCUGGGCUGUUUCCAGCAUUAGUAACUAUAAACAAAGCUGCUAUGAUUAUUCAUAGGUCUUAUGUGAAUGUAGGCUUUCGUUUCUCUUGGAUGAAUACCUAGGGUUAGAAUUUCUGUGUCAUAGGUAGUUUUAAAAGAAACUGCUAUACCUUUUUCAAUGUGGUUAUAGGGUGUCCUGGAUUUUCACUCUAUUUUGGAUGUGUAGAAAGGUGUAAACUAUUUUUAUGAUCCAUGUUUGAAAUAUUAGAAGUGGGUUUGUGAUAGAAAUGGCAUUAUUAACAUGGUUGGCAGUUGGUGUUUUUUGAGAGAAGAAAUACCUGUCUGCCCCAAGUAGCUCCCCAACGGGUAUAUAUGCCUGAAAUUUUAGCAUUAGUUUCACUUCUUGAAAGAUUCAAGCACUUCCCAAGUAUGGUGAUACAUUAGCUAGAAGAAACAGCACUGGUUUGUUUAUGUUACUAACUUUGCCACCUGUUUUCAAUAAGAGAAAUAAGACCAAUUAAACAAAAGAUUAUUUCUGUUCAAUUGGGGUAGAAGGGGUAGUCAAAAACAUAUGCUACUAGUCUGUCUUGGGUACAGCAAUGUGAGACAGAACCGUCUGGAUGGGAUAGCCCCCCCAAUUGGUCAAGAAACCAGAAAACAGGGUGGGAAGAAUUCUACCUCACUGUUGUGAUAGGGGAUAGCUAUGUUUUUUGCAGGACAUUUUAGCCUUUACAAAUCGUAUUUUCUGUGUUUUUUGUUUCUUUAGCACCACCCAGCUGUAAUUAUUUCACACCCUAGUGACUUUGUUAUUCACUGUUCUUUUACCCUUCCUCCCUGUUAAAUUACAUAGAGCAGUCACCUGUAUAAACCUGUAAAAUUAUAAUCAUAUGUAUGUUUCUAAUGCCUGUGUUCAAAGAUAUUUAUGUAUGGUUCAUCCAAUCUUUCCUACUCAAUUUUUAAGGGCUGGGAUAUUUGGCCUCUACUGUAAACCCCUGUAAUGUUCCACACAUUGUAAAUGCAAUAAAAAUGUUAAAAACUA